UUCAUUGUUUCAUGUUCACAAUCUAAUAUUGGCCAAUAUUUAAUCAUCAUUUAUCAUUUAUUUGCUAAAAUAAUUUACGGGCGUUUUCUUGUUCUAUCCGAAAAGUUGAUUUAUUUGUCAACUCAACUCUUACAGUUCAAAUCAUUACCAUCAAUUGGAAUCAAAGUUAUUGCAAAAAAAAUCACCCACCAUGUCCGAAUCCAUUGCCAAACCGACCAAUAAUCCAUUGUCGACACUUUCAGAUGAAGAUGAUGAAGAUUUGUUUGCUUCAGCUUAUGAGCAACCAAUUAAAGCAAAACAUGAAGAAUCUUCGCCAUCUGAAACGAAAAUGGCCAACAUUAAUCUCGGUGAUGAUGAUGAUGAUAGUCACCAAACACUCGAUAUCGAAAAAGAGCAAACGGAUUCUGAUCCUAAACAAGAAAUGGUCAACGGUGCAAUACCAACACCACCUCCCAGAAAAUUAUCUAUCCCACAACAUUCAUCAGUUAUUAAUACAUUGGAAUCUGAGAUGAAUACAAUCGACUUGAAUGAUUCAAAAUGCGAUAAAGAUGAUUUGAAACCUCAGCAAGCUUCUAUCAAGUCAGAAAAUGAUAGUAAUUUGAAUAAAGAACCAAUAACAGGUGGAAUCAAUGCAAUUAAACCACUCGAAACGGUUCCCAUUGAAUCACGUCCGGCCGAAUUACCACAGCCAACAACAGCGGCAACAAAAACUUUGCAACAACAACCGGCUAUGAUUACGCCUAGUCAAAUAACGAUCACUAUUUCUGAACCACAAAAAAUGGGCGAAGGCAUGGGUUCUUACAUGAUCUAUUCUGUCAGCACUCGAACGACCUUGCCUUAUUUCCGUCGUCAAUCUAUGACUGUAAAUCGUCGUUUUUCCGAUUUUUUGGGUCUCCAUUCAAAACUCCUGAUGAAACAUGGACAAUCAGGCCGAAUCAUUCCACCACCACCGGCUAAAUCAGCCUUUGGAACGGCCAAAGUGAAGAUGGCUAAAGAUGAAUCACUACAUUCGAUGGAUUUUCUUGCUAAACGUCGUGCCGCUUUGGAACGUUAUCUACAACGUACUGCUGAACACCCGAUCCUUUGUUCGGAUCCAGAUUUCCGAGAAUUUCUUGAGCUUGAUACUGAAUUACCACGAUCAACAUCUACAUCGGCUUUAAGUGGAGCCGGUUUAAAACGAAUGUUUUCACUGGUCGGCGAUACUGUUAAUAAAAUGACAUUCCGUAUGGAAGAAUCUGAUCCGAAUCUUUGUAACAGCUUCGAAGAAAUUAAGUGGUUUGAAUCGAAACAACAACAAAUUGAAAUGUUGGACGGCCAAUUACGUAAAUUACAUGCGGCCAUUGAAUCGUUGAUACAUAAUCGAAAAGAACUAUCGUCAUCAUUGGGUAUCCUUGGUAAAUCGACCGCAUUGAUAGGUCAUGAUGAGCAUAAUGUAUCAUUGUCGUGUGCACUUUCACAUUUGGCUGCCACACAUGAAAAAGUGGAGAAAAUCUACGAAUCACAAGCGAAUCAUGAUUUCCUUUAUCUUUCCGAACUAUUACGUGAUUAUAUUGGCAUGAUUGGAGCCGUACGCGAAGCAUUCCAUGAACGUGUAAAAUGUUUCCAGAAUCUAACCAAUCUGGAACAAAGUUUAAAUCGUAAAUAUGAAUCCAAGGCAAAAUUAGAGUUGACUCUGAAGAAUGAACGUUCUUCAUCACCACAAAUUGAUGAAGAAAUACAAGAUCUUCAAGAACGUGUGGAAAAAGCAAAGGCAGAUUUCGAAAAAAUAUCAGAUACAAUUAAACAAGAAUUUGAACGUUUCGAUUUGAAUCGUAUUCGAGAUUUUCGAAAUAAUUUCCUCAAAUACAUGGAAUCAUUGUUGCAAACACAGGAGGCAUUGAUUGAAUGUUGGGAAACAUUCUUGCCCGAAGCAAAAUCAAUUUCUGCCUGAAACAGUGGAAUAAUCAUUGUGUGUGGAUUGUGGCCUCCUUAUUCUUAAUUUUUUUUGUCACAAUCGAUAAAGUCAUAUUACAAAAAUAAAAUAGAUUUAUUUAUCAGAUCAAA